AUGGCAGAGACGUGGGUUCAAUCAACUGCCCGAAACCUGGUCUACCAGGCCCUCAAGCGUAUUCAUCGAGGGCGCUUGACAAUCAACACAAAAUAUGCCAGCGAAAACAACGAAAGUGUUUCAUUCGGAGACAGCAGCUCUGAAUCAGAUCCAGAGAUUGUCGUCAUCAUCAAGAAUCCCCAAGUCUUUGUCCGGUUAUGUCAGGCAUUCGAUUUAGGCUUGUCAGAGUCAUACCUGGUCCAAGAUGUAGAAUGCGAUAAUCUUGUCGCAUUAUUUUCUCUCUAUGUCAAAAACCAAGACGCCCUAGGCGUGUCAGCUGGCAACCUCUUAUAUACACUGAUACCGCGCGCAGCUCACUACCUCAUACCAUCCAACGACAACAUAAACGCUCUUAAGAAUGCAUCGUUUCACUACGAUACUUCCAAUACUCACUUUGCCGGCUUUCUCUCUCCUGACAUGAACUAUAGUUCUGCUAUCUGGUCGGGAGAGCCGGGAGAAUCGCUGGAAUCCGCACAGCGUCGGAAAAUCCAGACUAUUCUCGACCAAGCCGAAAUAUCCUCCGCCGAUGACAUUCUCGACAUUGGAUGUGGCUGGGGAAACUUGGCCAUCACGGCGGUCCAACAGACUGGAUGCCGAGUAACCGGGCUCACACUUUCUAAAGAGCAGAAAGCGCUUGCGGAAGAAAGGAUCAAAGCUGCAGGCUUUCAGGACAAGAUCACCAUUCUGCUGUGCGAUUACCGCAAGGCUCCCGUACCAGAGGGCGGAUAUGACCGUAUCAUCUCUAUUGAAAUGUUGGAGCACGUGGGAGAUAAGUACAUGAACAAGUACUUUGAACAGAUCUCUACCCUUUUGAAACCACACGGUGGAAGGAUGGUUGUCCAGGGCAUUACUAGAAUCAACUCUUACUCUACCACCGGCGAUACGGUUGACUGUUUUCUAGAGCGCUACAUCUUCCCAGGAGGAUAUCUGCCAACUAUAAACCAGCUUGUGACAUCGAUACACAACGGCUCCCGUGGUAGCUUGGAAGUAGAGACUGUUCAGAACAUUGGCCCUCACUACAUUCGCACGCUGCAAUGUUGGAAAGAGAACUUUGAGGAAAAUUGGGACACCAUUAGAGAAGACUAUAUGUCCAAAAAUCCUGAUGCCACAGAUUUGAUGAUUGAAGCCUAUCGACGAACAUGGGUGUACUACUUCCAAUACUGCGAGGCUGGAUUCAGGACCCGUAUUCUGGGAGACUAUAUCAUUUGUGCUGUUCGGACUCCUUGGCCUGAAAUUCCAUCCAAUGUUCCACACUAG